UUUGUAGAAUUAUCAUAAUGGCACAAAAUAAUUCAGAUCCAGGUAAACAUGAAAACAUUCUUUAUAGCCAAGGGUUUAAGUUAAGUUUUAGUAAAAGCGUUGGAGUAGAUUGGAGAGUUCUUGGACUUUGGUUAAAUAUCAAAGAAAACUGUAUUGACAUAAUUGAUCAUGAUAAACCCAAUACCCUUGAAAAAGCAUAUAAAAUGCUAACUAUGUGGAUGGAAAUGAAUGAUAAUCCAACUCUUGAGGAGUUAAAAACAGCUUUAAAGAACAUGGAUAGAAUGGAUCUAAUAAGAAAAAUAGAUGAAUUAACAAAUAUAUCAGAGAUAUGCACAGCACUCAAAGGUUUUUAUCUUACAAAUUAUGGGAAAAUAAAUGAAGUUCAAGUACCACUAAAAUCACCUGCAAAUGUUGGUUUAAUGCAUAAAUUCGUUGAUCUAUGUACUGUUGAUGCAGUUAAUGCUCAAACAGAUGCUGUAUUAAGUGAACGCAAAGAAUUUCUUGAAAAGCAAUUGCGUUUUACACCUAUUCCAUAUAGUGAAAUUUUCAUGAAAGACAAAUCUAUAAUAUUAAUAUCUGGAAUAGCUGGUAUUGGAAAAACAUGGUUGCUUAGAAAAUGUUUGCUUGAUUGGUCAAAUGGUCUAAUUUGGGAAAAUGUUAAACUUGUGUUUUAUUUGGAAUGUAAAAGGCUUAAUCAAUAUCAAAGUAUUUCAAAUAUUAAUGAAUUACUAAAUGUUUUCUACAAAGACAUUGUAAAUGAUUUCGAUAUUAGUAUUUAUUCUGCACUGUUUAUAAUUGAUGGAUUAGAUGAGUUUAAAUAUCUAAAUGAGUUAAUAAAUUGCAGUUCGAGUUAUAACUAUCCAAUUGUUAAUGUCUUAACAGAAAUUCAAAAAUAUAAAUAUGUAGUUGCUGGUAGAGUUUAUGCAAUUGAUCAGUUUCAAAGUAUAUCUACAGAGGAUUGUGAUAAGAUAAACAUUCAAAUUAUGGGAUUUAAUGAAGAUGGAAUAAAUAAUUAUAUAGAAAAUAAUGUUUUAGAGGAAAAUAAAGAUGUUGUGAAAACAACUUUGAAGGAAUCUGCAAUUACAAAAUCAAUGUCAUCUGUUCCAUUUUAUUUAUCUUUCAUAUGUAGGAAUAUUAGUAAUUCAAAAAAUUUAUACAAAAAUUCUUUUUUAACAAUGACAGACUUGUAUGCAAAUAUUUUUUUACACUUUUUGCAAAAACACAUCAUCAAAAACAAUGAAUCGAUUUCUCAAUUUAUGAAAAACAAAUACAAUAAAAAAUAUAUUUUAAACAUUUGUAAAACUGCAUAUCAAUUGCUUGUUGAAAAUAAAGUAAUUUUUUCCAAAGAAGACAUUCAAACUUUUAUCAUUGACUUUGAUAAAAAUGAAGAUAAUUUUUUAGGAUUUAUUGAAAGGAUUAAAACAAGUCUUGGUGAAUAUAUUUAUCAAUUUGCACAUUUGACAAUAAUGGAGUUUUGUGCAUCUAUAUAUGCAUAUAAUUGUUUAAGUAGUAAAGAGAUUAUGACCAAUGAAAAGCUGAAGAGUUGUUUAUCAAUGAUUUAUGGUUUAACCAAUAAAAAUCAAAAUAGUUCCUUAAAAUUUCUUGUUAACCUAAAUCGUUUAAAAAAAACUUGUGAAGAUUCUUUAUUUUUGUUUACUAUUUUUGUAAUGGACAUUUGCUCAUUUGUAAAAUCUCACAAAUGCCAUGAGGGAAUGAUAGUCUACUUAAAUUAUCUCGUCAAAGUGAAGACGAUCGUCAACUUGAAGCUUAUUACGUUAAUUUAUUCAUUGAAUGUUUUUAUGAAAGUCAAUCAUCAUUUACUGAUGAAAUAAAAUUAAUCGUUAAUAAACGAUAUUGGGAGAUUUUCAUUCACGAUGGAAAAACUUCUUACGAAACUUCUUGUGAAAAUUAUUUCGUAAAUCAUUACAUUAAAUCUGGAAGAAAGUUAUCGAAGUUAUAUGUUGAUAAAAAUAUUUUAAGUGAUGAAGAAAAAAAUAUUAUAUUUCAAUGUUCAAUAAAUGUUUGCAGUGUCUUCUUACGUUGUUCAAUUAAAAUCGAAGGAUGGAAACCAAAAGAUAAGAUUGAAAAGUUGUAAAUAGACAUUUCACGUUAUUUAAUAACGAAAAAAGAUUUUGAAGAAAAUUUUCUUCCGUGGAUUAUUCUUUGUUGUGAUGUAUUACGUCUUGACCUUCACGACGACAUCGACAUCAAUUUCAUUGAAGAGAUUUGUGAAUGUGAAUGGACUCGUUGUUCGUUGUUCAAGUUGUAUAUCUACUACCGUAAAAAUUUCUUUUCUAGCUUCAAUUCAUUAAAAGAAUUUAAAACGCGGAAAAAAUGUUUAAUAUCUUAAAUAAAAUAUAAACAAUAAUUAUAAAAUAAU